UAGUAGUGGCAUUUAAUAAUAGCAUUUAAUAGUAUUUAAUAGUAGUAAAUAUCUGCUUUGUUAAAAGCAGAUAUUUGAGUAUGCCAUAUAGCGAAGAACAUAUUAAAGACAAAGUGACAGAGGGAUUGAAAGCUUCACACGUGGAACUAUUCUCGAAAUUCUUGCCGAUUAGUUUUGCGAUUCGAGGAUAAAUUUCGGAGCGAUAAACUUACUCUCGGGACCUCGCAUAAGGGAGAAUGCAGGGAAAACUGCAACUCGCUUUGAUCUCCUGCUUUGCCGUUCUUUUGAGAUGCUGCAUUAUUCAUCAUUCUCACAGCGGAGAGGGCAAGCCUCCUAUGUAUGGAGAUUAUGAAGCACAGCGACACUGGCAAGAAAUCACGUUGAACCUACCCCUUGAUAAGUGGUAUAUCAAUACCACAGAUAAUGAUCUACAAUAUUGGGGUUUAGACUAUCCACCUUUAACAGCAUACCACAGUCUUUUAUUAGGUCACAUUGCGAAUAGGAUAGAUCCAUCUUUUGUAAAACUGCAGGAAUCCAGAGGAUUCGAGACUGUAGAGCAUAAGCACUUCAUGAGACUGACUGUCUUAAUUGCAGACAUAUUAAUUUAUAUACCAGCAAUUAUAUAUUUUAUAAUCAAUUUGCGUUUGUCAGACAGUCAUGGAUUUAAUGAGUCCAACAUAUUCAAAUUUAAGAGAAGAGAUGUUGUCCUUUUAACAAUAUUGAUUUAUCCAGGAAUAAUAUUAAUAGAUCAUGGACAUUUUCAAUACAAUUGCGUGUCGCUGGGUUUCUUCGUAGCUGCUGUAGCUGCUAUGAUGCAAGAUUCAGUCAUCCUUAGCUCAAUUCUAUUUGUUUUAGCACUAAACUAUAAACAAAUGGAGUUAUAUCAUGCUUUAUCAUUUUUCUUUUACAUACUUGGGAAUCAUAUACCCAAUAAGACAAAAUCUUGGUUUUUCUGUAUUCGCAUGUUGAUAUGCAUCUCUUUUGUGGUAUUAUUAACAUUUUGCAUUAUUUGGAUGCCAUUUUUCAAAAGUAGGGAUUUAUUUUUCAAUACAGUGCUCAGAUUAUUCCCGUUUUCCAGAGGUGUAUUUGAAGAUAAAGUUGCCAAUGUUUGGUGUGCAAUCAAUGUUUUCUGUAAAUUACGACAGAUUUUUACAAACAUGCAAUUAGCUAAGAUUUGUUUAACGGUAACAACAUGCGCAAUGCUACCGAGUUGCAUCAAUUUAUAUUUUUUACCUACAAAAAAUACAUUUAUACUUUCUCUUAUAAAUUCUGCCUUAGCAUUUUUCCUUUUCUCAUUCCAAGUUCACGAGAAAUCUAUACUUUUAGUUGCCAUACCAAUUUUAUUGCAUUUUCAUAAUGAUCCUUUUCUUUGCUUUUGGUUUUUGAUCAUUUCACAUUUCAGUAUGCUACCAUUAUAUAUAAAAGAUGAGCUAUACCUUGCUUAUCUUGGCACAAUAAUUUUUUAUUUCUGUUUUGUUUCUUGGAUGUGGUCUGACAUAUUUUACAACGACAAAACGAAAAGUUUGUUAAAUAAGAAUACAUCAAGAUCAAAGAAUAAAAUACAACAGUAUAAGAAAAAUAAAUUCUUUUCAAAUUUUCCAAGCUAUAAUAAAAAAUGGCUCUUCAUUGCGUUUUAUGUAUCCAUUUCAGGUGUGUUACUUCUCUCUGUCGUCAGUAAAUUUGUAAAACCUCCUGAAAAAUAUCCUGAUUUAUUUUCUCUUUUAAUAUCGAUAUAUUCAUGUGGACAUUUUCUAGGCUUUUUUGUAUAUUUCAACUAUGUCCAACUAUUUGUACUAAAGAAAGAGAUUCUGAUGAGUAAAGUUAAGUCACAUUGAGUGAUGCAGUUAUUGAAA